AAAAUCAAUUUAUUCCCAUCUGAGUACACUGGCAGAUUUUGCAAUAGAGAUGUUUGACGUUCUGGAUGAAAUCAACUAUCAGUCUUACAACGACUUUGUUCUACGCGUCGGUAUUAACGUGGGGCCGGUAGUGGCUGGAGUCAUUGGAGCCAGGAGACCCCAGUAUGAUAUCUGGGGGAACACUGUCAACGUUGCCAGCCGCAUGGACAGUACCGGAGUGCAGGGGAAAAUCCAGGUGACAGAAGAAGUCCAGCGGAUACUAAAAAUGUGCAGUUACGAAUUUGUGUGCAGAGGUAAAGUCAGUGUAAAGGGAAAAGGCGAAAUGUUGACCUAUUUCCUGGAAGGAAAGGCCGAUGGAAAUAAUUCACAAACACGGUCUUUAAACUUAGAGCGGAAAAUGUACCCUUACGGGAGAGCAAACAUCCAAACGAAACUGGGCACCAGCUGCGCCUCGGUGUCCUCAGGCUCUAGCUUUACUGUAAACGCUGGCCUUGGAGCUGGGCAAGCCUCCGCCACUCACUCAAAUCAAACACUGCAUUAUCUUCCCUCUGUGCCAGCCGUGAAGGAGGCGUAGAGCAAAGGAGGUUUGGUUGUGCCAUUUGCCGUGAACUCGGAGAGCGGUGGGUGCCUGGAUUGUCACCGAGAGAUCAGAGCUCACCGGCCGUGGCAUUAACCAAGGACCACUACAACCCAACCAAAGAGAACUUGGGGACUGCAUAACGAACUCUUGGGAUGGAACAUAUAAGGGCUAGCAAUUCUGUUAGGAAAAGUCAAAACCUGAUUUUUCUGGAAAUGAGGAAUAUUUUCUUGGCAUUUUUAAAG